AUGGCUUCAAGGCCAGGUACGCACCUAGCACGUGGAGUAACAUCCAAAAAGAAGGUUGACCUAGAUAAAGCCGCUAUUUUUCAACGGGCAGGCCAAAAUGCCUACAAAGUUGGUGAUCUCGAAGGCGCCAUGAGGUCCUUCACCCAGGCGUUGGCAUUAAAUGACGAUGAUACUAGCAUUCUGGAUAAUCGUGCUGCUACGUAUUGCAAGCUGAAGCUAUACAGCCAGGCCCGUGCUGAUGCUAGAGCGAUGGUCAAGCUUGCACCCAAUGAUGACCGUGGAUACCUUCGCUUGGCCAAGAUCCUGUGUUUAGAUGGGAACUUUGACAAGGCCCGUGAUAUCUACGAGUAUGCCCUUCAAAAACUUCCAGCUGAUCACCCAGGCCGCAAGGCCCUCACGCAGUUGCUCAAGAAAUUGCAGGAUAAGCUGGCAGGAGGAAAUAGGCGCGACCCAUUUACAGCCCUGCCACUGGAGAUUGCGAUACUCAUCCUUCAGUGCUUUUCCUUCAAGCAGAUUGUGGCGAUUCUACGCGUCUGCAAAGGAUGGGGCCAAUUCCUUAGCGGUCUGCCCAGCUUCUGGAUGCAUGUUGACCUCACCGGAGCUAGAUCUCGGGUACCUUGGACAUCUGUCCGAAACUACAUCCAUCGAUCGCGGGCACAACUGACAAAUGCCACCAUUGGAAAUCUUGUUCCCUCUACUACACCUAAAGUACUGGACAUGCUAAGCAGAUGCCCCAACCUAGAGCACCUGGAGUUGAUGGUUCAACACAACCAGCCCAAAGAAUUCUACACGAAAAUCAAGGAUUUUGGCCAACUGAAAAGUAUUGUCUGUGGUGCAGAUAUCAACCUUUCACACGCAUGUGUUGGGAGUAUUUUAUCUACCCUUUCGAAACUAGAGAAAGCUGUUUUUCUCCGUGUUUGGGAUAUUCCUACCGGAAGGCCCCGGUCCACAUCGACGUGGCCUCAACAUCUUCCCAAUAUGAAAAGUCUAACCAUUUCGUCUUCACAAGAAACCCCCCAUGUCUUAAGUUUCCCGGAUGUACUUACGGGACUGGGAUCGUCUGUAUAUCCUAAUCUAGAGGAGUUUCGGCUGCUCUGGGACCCCGCGCAACCACGAUCAUACCGGUUUGAUCCGGUACAGGAGGGUCAACAUCUUCCCCCACUUCGCACACUAGAACUUUGUGGCGCAGCUAUCGUACAUACCUUUUAUUCAAUCCUUCCAACAAGCCUUGAGACCCUACGCUUGUUUUCAGGGUCCAUGGAUCCUCCUCGCCUUGGAAUUUUUUUGACACCAGGGCAGAAUCAACUUCCAAACCUGAAGACCCUGGUAUUCAAUGACACGCCAUGGAUCAACCCCUCCACUCUCUCCUUGUUCCUACUUCAUUCUAAGGCCCCCCUCCGAACACUUCAUGUGAACCUAUGCCACAACAUCGAUGCUCAUACCUUCAUUAAUAUCCUCCUUGACGUCAAAAGAGAGAACCCAGCACUGCAACAAAUAACUGAAGUGGGAGUUGUCUGCAUGCCUGGCAUGGACGAUGGCAGCAUCGGUUAUCUGUGGGCGGCAUUGCCGAACUUGAAAAUCCUUGACUUGUCGCAGACGAGAAUCACCGGCUGUGCCAUUCGCAUGAUCGCGGAUGUCCGGAACAAUGAAACCGACUCUCCAAAGGUUGAGGGCUUAAUCAUCAAGGGAUGUGAUGAUGUGUCUCGUGAUGCUAUUGAGUAUGGACGGCAAAUGGGACUCAAGAUUGUCACUUAA